UUAUUGCAAUCUCCUGCAUCCGAUGUUGAUAUGUAUUUACCAUCAAAGCUUAAGAUUUCUUACUUUGGUAUUGCAAUUAUAAGCAGCGCUCCAAUUGUUUAAGUAUCCUGCGUGCCCCCUUAUAAUUCUUCUCUAGAAAAACCAAACAUGCAAAAUCUCAUAAACCCAUAUAAAACAAUGUUUUUAGUUCGUUUUGUCUCUUACAGACCCAUUAUCCACAGAUUAAUCUUUCAAUCUCCACUCUGUUUUUCUCCUUCACGUCCAUUUUCAUCAUCUCAAAUACAAAAUUCUGAUGAAAUCAACCUUGUUAACUACAAAGAUUGGUUAAGCCCAAAUGAGGUCAUCAAAAUUUUCCAAAAUCUCAAAAACCCAAAUUCAGCUUUGACAGUACUUAAUCAAAUCUCAAAACGUAAAGAUUACAAACCCAAUGAAGCCAUUUAUAAUGUAGUUGUCAAAAACCUAGCAAUUGCUAAGAAUUUUGAUGCAAUUGAGACACUUAUGGAGAAAAUCAAAUUUGAAAGAAAGUGUAGACUUUCUGAUGAGUUUUUCUAUAAUGUUAUUAAGAUUUAUGGGCAUUUAGCUGGUAGAAUUAAUAGAGCAAUUGAGACCCUUUUCGAUAUGCCUAAUUAUAAGUGCUGGCCAAGUGUGAAAACUUUCAAUUUUGUACUGAAUUUGUUAGUGAAUACUAAACAAUUUGAUGUUGUUCAUAAGGUGUAUAUUCGUGCUUCUGAUUUGGGUGUGGAGAUUGAUGCUUGUUGUUUGAAUAUUAUCGUUAAGGGGUUGUGUCAUUGCGGGGAGCUCGAUGCUGCAUAUAAGGUGUUCGAUGAAUUUCCUAAGCAGAAAUGUCAACCCAAUGUGAGGACUUUUUCGACUAUAAUGCAUGCUUUGUGCGAGCGUGGUCGUGUUAAUGAGGCGUUGGGAUUGUUAGAGAGGAUGGAAAAGGAGGAUGUUGAACCAGAUGCUAUCGUGUUUAACACGCUGAUUUCGGGGCUCAGAAAGCAAGGAAGAGCUGACGAGGGGAUUGAGAUGUUCAAGAAAGUAAUGCUGAAAGGUUGUGAUCCGAAUCCAGGGACAUAUCAAGAGGUGUUGUACGCUUUGCUUGAUGCCAAGAGGUAUUUGGAGGCAAAAGAUUUUAUGGCUGUUAUGAUUGAUAAGAGGGUGAAUCCAAGUUUUGAGUCUUAUAAGCUGUUGAUACAUGGCCUUUGUAAUGGGAAGCUUCUUGCCGAUUUAGACUGGGUGUUGAGGCAGAUGGUGAGACACGGAUUUGUGCCGAGGAUGGGUAUGUGGAGGCACAUUCUUGGUUGCUUGUUUCCUCCUGAUGGCGAUUGUUGUACUGCCUAUUCAGAUGAAGAAAUUCUUGCGGACUAAUCUACGAGGUUUAGAAAAUUAACUGAAUGGUAUUACAAGUCCCAUUACAUGCUGUUAGAAGUAUCACAUUGAUUGCAGGAUGGGAAUUUAGUCUUCUUAUAUAGCUUUUGGCAAUCCUUAUCUCAUGAGCUAGUUUUUGGGGUUGGAUUAGAAUUUAUGUCUAUUUCUGUACAUGGUAUCAGACCCAUGCUCCAGUUGGCAUGGUCUGGGCGUGCCGCAAAGGGGUGGGGUGGGGGGUGGGGGUGGUAUUAGAAGUCCCACAUUAGCUGUGAGAUAGGAAUUUGGUCUCCUUAUGUUUGUUUUGGGCAACUCUUACCUCAUGAGAUAGUUUUUGGAAUUGAUAGAUCCAAUAUCCAUUUCUUAUCACUCCUACAGCUUCUGAAUUCAAAAUUUUCAUUCCAAGUGAAAGGACAAGAUGAUGCACUACCACCAUGGUCGUCACCACCACCACCAUAAUCACCACUAUCACCACCAUAAGCUGCCUCCUGGCUAUGAAACUUUUCAAGGAUUUUCCAACUAUAUAUCCUCUUCCACUGGCUUUAGGGUUCCUUCAGCUUGGCAAUGCGAAACCUUCGACUGAAUAUGAAGCAGUGUCAGGUUGAUUAUAUUUUGGCAUCCCUUGGUGAAAAUUCUGGUCCCGACACUGCGAAUUGAUGGUGAGAUUUGAACUGAUCAUCAUCUCCAGCUGCUUUGAUCCGCUUCAUCUAAAAACUUAAACUCUUGGAAAAGAGACACCUAUAUUCAUUUGAGUAUAUAUUAAUUACAUCGAUCUCACAAUGAACAAUAGUAAUACUGUUUGGAAGUUGAAACACUAAAUUGUCUGACUAUAAUUUUUGAACUAU